AUGGCAUCCUCACGAUCCACUUCAUCCGAAUUAAACCAUGUCUAUUUGAACGGCCGAACUCUGGAAGGAGGUGGGCAGCUGGUUCGCAUCGCUAUCGGGCUGUCUGCAUUGACUGGUCGUCCAGUUAGCAUUGAUAAUGUUCGCGGGAACAGAGAGGGAAAGAAGGGGCUUAAGAGAUCUCACGCCGCAGCAGUGAAGCUGUUGGCCGAUAUUAGCGGCAGCAAAGUAUCAGGCGGCGAGGUUGGCUCCCAGUCCUUGAACUUCUUUCCACAAUCAACAAGAUCGAAAAGCGGACCGCUCCUGGAUUUGUCGCAAGUGAAUGUUAAAUCCGAAUACGACAUCAAGCUCACGACUGCCGGUGCCAUCUUUCUCGUCUUCCAGGCCCUCUACCCGUAUCUACUUCAUGUUGGAUCACAGGCAGCUGCUCCCUUUGUGAAAGUGAACAUAACUGGUGGAACAAACGCUACUUAUUCUCCAUCAUAUGACUAUGCAUCGCAAGUUAUCGUGCCCAAUUUUGCCAAGCUUGGACUUCCUCCUCUGUCCAUUAUCCUUAAUAAGCGCGGUUGGACAACAGGGCCGGUUGAUCUUGGAGCAGUCACCUUUCUCAUACAUACACUCAGAUCUCGAAAUGAUCCAGAUAGUGAAGAUCAACUUCAGGAGUCGACAGAAAAAGAAUCGGCAGCUGAGCUUUUAUAUAGCUUCCCACGGAUUAAUCUAAUGGGUCACAAACGCGGGAAAAUCACCCAGAUUGAUAUCACAGUGCUAGCACCUGAUCAACCUGCCCUAAACGCGGAUGCAGAAGGCACGGGGAGUACUGUUCGCCAGUUUAUCGAACAAGUUACCCGGCGUACUCUUCGACGUGAUAUUAAGAAGCUGGAUCCGUCUAUGUUUGCUAAACGUUCUAAUUCGGCUCUAUCCGAAGGGGACUCGCUCAGCAAAUUGUCAGCCAAAAACGCACUAGUUCCCAUCACUAUACACACAUCGGAAGCUACAAAUCACUGCAGCCAUGUGUACAUCCUUCUUGUUGCACAUACUUCCUCAGGGUUCAGAAUAGGCCAUGACAUCAUCGGUAGCGUGGGAGGAGAUCGCCUGUUUAAGUCAAAGAGCAAAGGGAAACAAAAGCAACAGCCAGCUCGUGACCCUCGACGAGAUUCACAGAAUGAGAUAGCAUUUUCUGCAGCAGCAGAUCUAGUCCGCCGAUGUGUGGAUGGAUUCAUCGGGGAAAUCUCAAACGAGAGUCUAAAGGCCAACCUAGACAAGAACCCUGCUUUCACGGUCAAGAGAGCUUGUCUAGAUAGCUACAUGAGAGAUCAGGUUGUUGUUUUCGAGGCACUUGGAGAAGUCUGUAACACGGGUGGACAUGGCACCGAAGCAACGGACACCGAAACCUUGGAAGACGAGCGAGAUUGGACACUCCACACCAAGACCGCACAAUGGGUGUGCCGGCAGAUUUUGAAUGUGUAG